GUGGUGGCGAAAACUGGUGACCGAUUGGCGACCAUAUUGGCAGGGUGGUGUCCGGCGCGUGGGGUUACGGAGUUAAAUUGUGCGAAGUGGAGUGUCACAAGCCCGGGACAUCAUGUCUGCCGGACAGGGAGCUACGCUGCUGGAAGUUUUGAAGAAGAAAAUGACUCAGACUAGGGAUGAGUUAGAAAAGAAACGGGAUGAAUGUGAUGAGUUGAGACACCAAGUAAACGAAGAAAUCAGGCGCCGGGAAGAAUCUGAGGGCGAGGUCUCGGCUCUGGGCCGCCGUAUCCAGCUGCUGGAGGAGGACCUGGAGCGCUCCGAGGAGCGGCUGGCCACCGCCACCACCAAGCUGGCCGAGGCGUCCCAUUCGGCCGACGAGUCGGAGCGGCAGCGCAAGGCGCUAGAAAACCGGACGAACACGGAGGAGGACCGGGUGGCGAUCCUGGAGGCGCAGCUGGCCCAGGCCAAGCUGAUCGCCGAGGAGGCCGACAAGAAAUACGAGGAGGUGGCCCGUAAGCUGGCUAUGGUUGAGGCAGACCUGGAGCGGGCUGAGGAUCGCGCCGAGACGGGCGAAUCCAAGAUCGUGGAGCUGGAGGAGGAGCUGCGCGUAGUGGGCAACAACCUGAAGUCGCUCGAGGUCUCCGAGGAGAAGGCCUCUCAGCGGGAGGAGAUGUUCGAGACGCAGCUGCGUGACAGCGAGGCGAGAUGGAGAGAGUCGGAAGCCCGCGCCGAGUUUGCCGAACGCUCCGUGCAGAAGCUCCAGAAGGAGGUGGACAGACUGGAAGAUAAGCUGGUGGAGUGUCGUCAGCAGCAGAAAAGGCUCGAGGUCGAGAUGGACACGACGCUGAAGGAUAUUCAGAACUUGUGAGCGCUCGCCGCCCACUAGUGAGCGUGUACCUGUGUGGUGGCAGCACGGCAGACGAUCUGGCGCACGAGAAGGAGUUUAGGACCGCCUCUGACGGGCUGGACGCGACCUCCUCCGAUGUGCCAGGCUGCCAGACCGCCUGGCCGCUGUCAGACACCUGCCGCCAACUCUGCCAGUGGCGCGUGCGCCUGAACGACCCACUGCCGGGCGCCAAUCGUUACCCGCCCACCCUCCGCCUCCGCCGCCUCUGCCUGUCCCCUCUCUCCGAUGCCGCCUGUCUCUUUUCUGUCGCUUUUGCGGCCCGCGUGCUAUGUGUGAGCUGAGCGCCUAUGUGCCCGCAAAAGAGGGUGCCCGCCAGCGCUGCCCCGCCGCCACGCGCCGCUGCCGGCCGCCCGCCGAAACGCCGCGCGCGCCUCCGCUACCGCGCGUACAAGCCGGUCACCGACGAGGAAGCGUGCAACGGCACCGUCGACCAGCUGGACACGGCCUUGGCUGAGGUGUCGGGCUGCCAGAUGGUCAGCCGGCGGCGGCCCGUCGCCGCCCGUCCGCAGCCGCCACGAGACGCUCGCUGCCGGCUGACUGGAUCCGACCCACCGCCGGGCAGA